AUGAUUGUUAAUCCUGCAAAUUCCAACUCAAUUCGUGUACCAAUAGUGCGAAUGAGAGAUGGAUGCUGUAAAAAAGUAUUUGAUACAACUUAUCCUCAACAACUAAAUGGAAUAAUUACAGUCAAUGAAUUUCAAGAAUCAAUUGAAAUUAUCAAUGAAAAAAUUUCUAUGAAGAGAUCUUGGAUAAUUCUCAUUAUAAUUAGUGCUUUUACUUUAUUCAUCUGUUUUCGUCUUGGAUUAAUGAUUUUAUCAUUUCGACAGACAAGUAAGAUGCGACGAGCAAUUGAAGAAGAAUCGACUAAAUAUUCUACACGAUCAUCAAAACCAUGUCGUUGGCAUUUAGAUGUUCAUAGAUAUUAUACUGGUAUGUAUAGAGGUCGCCAACGUGUUAAAGCCGUUCACUUUUUAAUGAUUGAUAUUGGAGGUUCUGCCGUUCCAACCAAUCAAACAGCUACUUGGCCAGCAUCAUCUUUUAAUCAAGCAGAUGGGAAAUUUUGUUCGCAGUGUGGAACACCACGGCAAAAUAUAACAGCAAAAUUUUGUGCAUCUUGUGGUCAAGCAUUUUAA